UUACAUGGCACGUGUAAUAUUUACAGGCAGCGGGCCCGGCGUGUACAGAACUGGAGAUAAUCAUGCUGGAUUGGAUGGGUAAAGCAAUUGGUUUGCCUCCAGCCUUUUUAGCUCUCGAAGAAGGGAGCAAGGGGGGUGGUGUUAUAGAGGGUUCGGCGAGCGAAUGCGUGCUGGUAUCUAUGCUAGCAGCCCGCGCCAACGGCAUCAAGCGACUGAAGCACCAGUUCCCAACAGUGGACGAGGGUCUCCUGCUGUCCAAGCUCAUAGCUUACUGCUCCAAGGAGGCGCACUCCUGCGUCGAGAAGGCAGCCAUGAUCUGCUUCGUCAAAUUACGCAUCCUGCAGCCAGAUGAGAACGGCUCGCUGAGAGGCGAAACGUUGAAACAAGCCAUGGAAGAGGACGAGGAAGCUGGUCUGGUGCCGUUCUUCGUGGCCACGACCCUGGGCACCACGUCCUGCUGCUCCUACGACAACCUGCCCGAGAUAGGCCCGGUGGUGCGCAAGUUUCCCAGCGUGUGGAUGCAUGUGGACGCCGCCUAUGCUGGCAGCUCUUUCUUAUGCCCCGAGCAUAAACACAACCUCGCGGGCAUCGAGUACGCAGACUCCUUCAACACCAAUCCUAAUAAACUCAUGCUCACAAGCUUCGACUGCUCUCUCCUCUGGGUCACCAACAGAUACCUACUCACGUCGGCUCUGGUCGUCGACCCUCUCUACCUUCAACAUUGCUAUGACCACACGGCAAUCGAUUACCGGCACUGGGGAGUGCCGCUCAGCCGACGUUUUAGGUCUCUGAAACUCUGGUUCAUGCUGAGGAGCUACGGGAUCAGUGGCCUGCAGAGAUACGUGCGUCGACACUGCGAGCUUGCGAAAUAUUUUGAAAAGCUGGUCAAGAAGGACGACCGCUUUGAAGUCUGCAACCAAGUAAAGCUCGGGCUCGUGUGCUUCCGCCUAGUGGGCGGCUCAGACGAGACCCCGGAGCAGGCAGACGAGAUGAACAAGAAGCUGCUGACCAACAUCAACGCCUCGGGCAAGAUCCACAUGGUGCCCGCCAACGUGCGCGAGCGGUUCGUCAUCCGCUUCUGUGUGGUGCAGCAGCACGCUACGCGCGAAGAUAUCGAAAUAGCUUGGGACAUCAUUAGCGACUUCGCAACUGAGCUUCUUGAAGGCCCCGACAAGGAACGAGACUUGAACGAGAUUCGCACGAGGCGCAACCGCGCUGCGCUCGCGCACAAGCGUUCGUUCUUCGUGCGCAUGGUCAGCGACCCGAAGAUCUACAACCCGGCCAUCAACAAGACGCCGCCGCCGGUGGCCACCACGCCUGGCUCGCCGCCGCCUGCCGCCGUGCCUACCACGCCGGACACGCCUUCUGACUUGGAGCCUAAAGAGCCACUGACACCGAAACAAUCCUCGUGGAUAAGCUGGCCACUUGCGUUCUUCUUCCAGAGCGUUGACAAUGAUGCUAACGACCUGCCGCUAAGAUUCCGUCACCUGGACACGAUGGUGCGCCUCAAGAGUCCGGGCACCAGCCGCCGCGGGUCUUCCCCGUGCCCCUCGCCCGAGCGCCGCGCCCCCUCCCCCUCUACGCAUUGACCGACCCACUAGCCCGACGACUAUUACCUACCUACCCUCAAUGUAACUAAUAAACAUUUCCUCAGCAUCUAUGUUAUCAUUUAUAUUUCAUUUCACACUGUUAAACGUU